AUGGCCUCCCGGGUCUCCGCCGCCCCCGCCCGCAUCCUCGACCUCGACGUCGUCGACGUCGAGGACGACGACGACGACACCGCCGCCUCCACUCCCGCGGCCCUCCGCGCCCGCGCCCGCUCCCGCAUCACCACCUCCGGGAGAACCCCGUCUUUCCCCGACGCAUUCUCCUCGUCCGCGGCCGCCCCGAAGCGCCCGGCGCCCGCGUCCCCCAUCCUCGUCGAAGACGACACCCCGCCCCCGCCGCCGAAGCGGCGCCAGUCCGUAGCCCCGGGCUCCGUGGUGCCCGAGACUCCGGACUGGCACCACGUCCCGUGCUCGCUCCCCCGAUCCCGGGCCACCACCCCCGACACGCCCGAUUCCGUUCUCCGGAGCUCGUCCCGCUUCGGCUUCGACUCUCCCGAUCCGGAGAUCCCCGGGCCGGCUUUCCCUCCCUCCAUCGACGCCGACAUCGUAGUUCUGGAGACCCCGGGCUUCACCACCCCGCGGCCUUCCAGGGCCGCAGCCACCGUACCCGACACCCCCCAGUCGUUCGUCCCCUGCUCGCUCGACCCCCGACCCGGCGACGCCGCCCCCGAGAUGCCCGAUCCUGCUCUACCACUCGACUUCGAUUCUCCCGAUCCGGGGUUCCCUGGGCCAGCCGUCCCCGGCUCCACCGAUCCCGACAUUGUCGACCUGGACACACCAGACCCCGUCACCGCAUCGCGGCCUUCCGGUGCUGCAACUCUAACCGGGGCUCCCCACUCAUUUGUUCCGUGCUCGCUCAGCCCCCAACCCCGCGGCGGCGCUGUUCCUGCUAUGCCUCAUUCUGUUCUCCCGCGCUCGUUUGAGUUCGACUUCGACGCGGCGGCUGCUGCUGAUUUGGGGAUCCCUGGGCUGGCUUUCCCCGGCUCUGUUGACCCCAACACAACACGUUUCUGCAACCCCUCGCUCUUUGAUGUGGCUGGACCCUCCACUUUGCCAGGACCUUCUUCUCCGAUAUCUCUGGACAGUGAUGAUGAGCUGGAUGACUUUGGGUACGAAGCUCCGUUGAGCAACUUGAUUUUACCCUGUGAAGAUUCUACUUUGCAGGAAGAAGAGAACAACAACAAUGCAGAAGAAAGAAAGACAAAACAGGGAAAGAGGAAAUUAAUAAAGGAAGGGAAAGCAAAAUUGAUUGAAGAGAAGAAACAACAGCGAGAGGAAAAUAAGCUCCUGAAAGAAGCUACUAAAGCUCAAAAGGCAGAGCAGAAGAAGUAUGCCAAAGAAAAAGAGGAGUGGGAAUCAGGAAAACACGCUUUAAAAUCUAUUGUCGCCGAGAUUGAUUCGACAAUCAUUGAAAGUGGCUCACUUGGAGGUACUCUCCUGACAAGGUUUUCAGAGAAGAGCCUUAAAUAUCGAGUUCAGGUCAAUCCACUCAGGGGAUCAAUUUUGUGGAAAAUGGAGGUUCCUCCAAUUGGCGAGGAUCCAGCUUCAGUGUCUGAAGUGCCAUAUAUUCUGUUUGUGCUCCAAGCUGAGGAAUUCUGUGAUCUUAUCAGCAGUGGAUUCUUCGUUGAUCAUGUUCGCGAAGUACAAAGUCGCUAUCCAACAUUCACUAUUUGCUACGUCACUAAUAAAUUGAUGAACUAUAUAAAUAAAUGUGAGCGAACUCAGUAUAGGAACCCAUCCUGUUCUAAUAGUUGGAAACGCCCGCCAGUGGAAGAGGUUUUCUGCAAAUUAGUAACACACUAUGCUAGAGUUCACUCAAGGCAAUGCUUAGAUGAAGCUGAAGUAGCAGAGCAUGUUGUUGGCCUUACAUCCAGUCUUGCAAAUUGCAAAUUCAGGAAACCACUGUCAUGGUUAUCUGUGCAUGCUAACGGUGCAGUAAUUCCAAAAAAUUUCAUUGAUAAAGAUCUGGCUAAGAAAGAUACCUGGAUGAAGGCUCUGAUAGCUAUCCCCAAAGUCCAGCCAAGGUUUGCCCUCGCAAUCUGGAAGAAGUACAGCACCAUGAGAUCUCUUCUGAAUGUAUAUAUGGAUCCCACUAAAACUGAUCGCGAGAAGGAGCUUUUGCUUCAGGAUCUGAAGUGUGAAGAUCGCGUAGGUGAGGAAAGCAGAAGGGUGGGACCAGUGUGCUCCAAAAGGGUGUACAAAACUCUCAUGGCACAAGACGGAGGAAUGGAGGCAGAUGCUGCCGAGUAAAUCCUAAUGGUCGAUACGUGAAGUCGGGUCGGACCAUUUCGGACUUGUUAAGCUAGUGCAUAUGUAUUUAGGUGUUGCACCACCAAGCUGAAAUUUCAACUCCCUGCUUAUGUGACAAAGCUUGUUAAGUUAGUGCAUAUGUAUUUAGGUGUUGCACCACCAAACUGAAACCUGAACUCCCCACUUAUGUAACAUAUCUUGUUAAGUUAGUGCAUAGUAUGUAUUUAGGUGUUGCACCACCAAGCUGAAAUUUGAACUCCCCGCUUAAUAAUGAAGCAUGUUAAGUUAGUGUGUA